AGUUUUCUUUUCGAUUACAUAUCAUUAAAUUAAUUUUUCUCGAAACCAAAAUGAAUUUAAAAAAUUCAUUACACGUCGAAGUCGCUCAAAAACGAGAAAGCCGGCUGUGUAAAGACCGUAUUAAAGAUCUCGUUCAUUCACAUUUAGCAAACUACGUUUGUUUAACUCCUGGUGCUAGUAUCACUGGACCAGAACUUGAAGAAAAUAUAGAACUACAGGAGCACGUCCACUCUAUAACAUUCUGUGAUGUUGAUCACCAUACAGAGGUGUCAGCUACUGCCGUGGACUUGAUCUACCACGUUUACAAGCUAGAUACGUUCGGAGUAGAGACUGAUACCAUGACCGAUGCUUCAACGGGAGAAGAAUUUGCAGCCGCAGACGUAUGGUCUCUACCAGCUCAAGAUUUUCACGGUCUCUGGGAGAACUUAGUGUAUGAUACGAAAUUAAAAGAAGACACAGUUAGAUUUGUGGAGACUGCACUAGACUUUGCUGAUCGCGGUGUUGACCCACACAUUGUGAGUUGUAAUCGUGUUGUGUUGUUACACGGACCACCAGGGACAGGGAAAACGAGCCUGUGUCGCGCUCUGGCUCAGAAACUCGCCAUCAGACUAGGUGACCGGUUCCCGCGAGCUAGACUAGUCGAAAUAAAUGCACAUGGACUAUUUUCAAAGUGGUUUGCUGAGAGUGGAAAGCUCGUCGCUAGAUUAUUUGAACGCGUCGUUGAGAUUGUGUCCGAUCGCCGGCUACUAGCAGUCGUGCUCGUAGAUGAGGUAGAAUCAUUAGCGGCCGCAAGACGAGCUGCAAUUGCCGGCCUCGAACCGAGCGACUCUAUUCGCGCCGUGAACGCUCUUCUAACUCAGCUGGACCGAUUAAGGCGAUUUCCUAAUGUUCUCGUUUUGACAACAUCAAACGUAACAGGCGCGAUUGAUGUGGCUUUUGUGGACCGUGCUGAUUUAAAACGGCUUGUGGGACCACCAUCAGCCCGUGCCGCCUACCAAGUAUUGAGUGGAUGCUGUAGUGAGCUUAUGGCACGAGGUGUAAUAACACAACGGGAACGUGUGUUUUCACUGUGUGUGUUAGAGAGUGCAAGGUUUGCCGAGAGUGCAGGAUCACGUGCAAGUGUGCGCCUGUGGGGAUUAGCACAAGAGGCAGCAGCACGAGGUCUGAGUGGGAGGGCACUGCGUCGUUUGCCUGUUCUAGCCACAUUACAGGGACGAGGUAUGAAGGCACCAGACCUUCUUAUAUUUAUUGAGUGGUUAUAUGCAGCGCUGCACCAAUACCUUGAAGAUGCAACACAACUAGACGAUGAACACAAUCAAAGACCCCCUCCUGUAGUAGUUACUAAUGGACAUUAAGUAAUGAGGAAUAUAUUUAACAUAAUUAAUUUUGUAGGAAGAAUGUAAUUGUAUUCAUAUAUUUUUGUACUCAACUAAUACAUAAGAAGCCUCAAACUUACCUAUAAGACUAUUGUAAUUAUAAGAAAAU